AUGGCAGACCAGACAAGUGUCUAUAUCUAUCAUCACGUUUUUCUACCUCCUCAACUGCCUCAAUCAGAUGACUUCAGCCCGAUCAACGAAAGUGCCUUACUCGAGUUCGUCCACGACUCUGUUGCCGAGUUUCGAGAGUACGUUCCUAAGAGCCAAACAAGCUCCGUGAACACUGCCAUCGGAUUGAUGCAGGCCAUGGCUCGUCUCCAUCAGCCGCUGGGAGAUACUGUCGCCAUCGAUGAAUCUGAACUUCUCCAAAUUCUUAAGGAUUCCGGAGAGAAAGAGGCGUUCGAAUUGUCUCCGACCAACGAAUCAGUCAUGUCUACAAAAGGUCGUCUUUGCAGAAGCUUUCCCGGCGUCGGAGUUUCUAUUCCUCUCAAGCGUUUCGUUGAGCCAGGGUUCCAAGAGGUUUUAGCUGCGACUCUGGCGAAGAUGAGUUCCCAGGCAAUUGAUGGGACCCAACCACGCGCGAAGAAAGCGGGCCAAUUCCUCAAUGAAAGCCGCGACACAGCCAAUCCCGAAAUGAUCACCGAAUUCAUGUACUCGUAUCUUCUCGCCAACGGAGAGGCUCUCGCCACAACACGAAUUCUGAAGAAUACUCGCGAGGAGGUCAUUUCUGAGCGAUGGACUCGUCUCCAGCAGCAUGACUCUCCUACUCUCGGUCCCAAGUUAGACCUUCUACGAACAUUGGACUUCGAUCGAGACUCCAUCAUGCGCCUUGAAGACCUCGAUUCAUUUCUCAGCACUCUUCGCAAUCGCACGAGCUCAGCCACGUACCAUGAAUUUACACCCUCCUGGUCACUGGUUAGCUACUGUCCGUCCGAGCUGCAGCGGGCAAUACGCACCCCCGAUAACGAACACCUCCAUAUUCACUUGAUCUGUUUCGAACGCUGGGUUGAGAUGCAUCUUCAGUCUUGGCUUCAAGAACAGCUCAAUAACGCAUCAAAUGACGCAUGCUCAACGAUCCGGCAUGCCAUGGAAAGCUACUAUGGGUCUGCGAGCUCAUUCUAUGCCGAGAAUCCUGAGACGACGUCUAUCAUGCUGUUGACAAUGUUGGAGCUCUGGGUCGCUUGUGACAAAGCUGCAGUGCGACUCUGCCCGCUUCUGGCAGCGUUUGGUCAUGAGAUUUCUCAAGGUCCUUUUCAGAACUUACUGCUUCCAACCCAUGGCCAAAUGGUGAGGCUUCGAGACGCUGAGUUGUACUUGAACCAACGGCAUCGCAAGUCGUCUGGCCCAUCUAUAUACAACGAAUGCAAAAGCUCGAGCUGUUUCGCAGCGCAGUUCUUUGACGAUUCGGAUUUGCACCAACAGCUCAAGCGUCGUAUCGAAGAAAAGGCCACCCGAAAUCGAGAAGCUAAGAAGCAAGAAUUUCGAAAACUGAAGAGCCAAUAUGAGUCACUGAUGCAACGACAUCGGAACACUUCCUGCGAUUAUCACCAAACGUAUUCAAGGGAGAUCUACACAUACGUCGACGUUCAUAGCCAUAAUUGCUUACGAUGUUCUUACAAAAAGAAAGCUGGCAAGCUGAAAAUCGAUAUUCACGAGUGGCCACUGCCUAGGAACGUGACUGCGGCGAAGUCUACAGUGUUCGAGUUAUCGGUCCCAAAAUCAUUCGGCUACUGGCGAGAGGCUGGCAUGUUCAUGCUAUUCAACGUUCUCAAGGUACACAUGAUUACAUCAAAGCGGCCCCGUGCACACUUUUCUCUGAGAAACUAUCAAGCUCUUUCGAGCUUCUAUCAGUGCAACAUCGAGUCACAGCACAUUGGACUUCUGUCCCAGGACAAACCUCACAUGUCAACGCAUAGAAGAUCAGUCUCCGUGGGAACGGCUACUGAGGCCAGUGUCCUACUUGACAAUGGUUUGAAUCUCGCCUAUUUCGACGACAGAAGAGGUUGCUUCAUCUCGUCUUUUGAUUCAUCAGACGAGGUGGCUGAUGCAUGCACAUAUCGCUUGCCAAAGCCCUCUAAAGCUUUGCAAAAGUUUCUCUUUCGCCCCUCGUCAAAUCCAAGCGGCCCGACUUCCAACACAGUGGUCGCAACGCUGCAGGACUGCCCCGAAGGAAUGACACUCGAAGAGUACAAGGAACUUGCUUCAAUUCCCCUUGGUCACAGCAUUCAGUGGAUGAACAUCCUUCGUCAACUCUUUGCGUCGACUGUGGAUUUUAAAAAGAGGGAAACAGGGCUCAUAAUUCAACAGUGCAUCUAUCAAGCUGGGCCGGAAGGAGAAGAUGCUUUUAGAAGCUCUCAUUCUAUUUGCCGAAAGAAUUCCUUUACAAGCAUCAUGUUACAGGGCGUUGCAGAAGCAAUGCAGCGAUUCAAAGAAAACUGGCAGUCGUCAACAGCAUUAGCGUCAUUGACGGCAAUAUCUCGUCGUCUGCUUUCACUGUCUCAGCAUGCGGAAUUACAACAGAAGUGUCUUGAAUGCUUAGCGGAAGCAAGACAAAUUGCAUUCGCAUGGGCGCGCAGCCUUAAGGUCAUGAGUCAGAAUAUUUCUGGCGACAAGGAACGGCUCAACCUGCAACGUCGAUCGCUAGAGGUGGCGUUGAUAUGCGCGGACUCAUUCAACGUCGAUGAGAAUUUCCAAGAGGGAAUCUUUUCGACGACUCAGAGCGCGUCGAUCUUCUUCCAGUGUUCGUUCGCCAUACAAGAGGGCUCGCAGACACUCUUGGGCACUUCGGAUACAUUUGUUCGGCAACUUUAUUGCCGUUGGCAGAAGACUUCCUUGUUGCACUGGGGCUACUUGGCCAAGAUGAUCCUGUCUCGCAACAGCUGCGCACUUGACGAUGCCAUUGCUGCAGCAUGGUCCGUGUACGAGCCUAGCCAUGAGUGGAGUGCCCUGUCAGAGAAGCACAGCUCUUGGUUGACCAGUACCACUACUUCACAAACUGGCCAAAUGGCAAUCACCUACAACCUUAUUACUGGAGAACUGUUAGUGAAUGGUGUCCCGCUCGAUCAUCUGCCGCCGAGUUACCUGAAUCAUCUUUCCUACCAAGGACUGUUUGGACAUAUGUCUCUGGAGAUCAUGCCAACAUCGAUUCGAGGGAUGCGGUUCUCGGCGAAACGACAGUAUGCGGGUCAUGUGAUACACUUGGGCAUCGGUCAGGAUCUCAGGCACGGAGAGUCUGACCUCUUGGUGCAGGCUUAUCACAAUAGAAAACGGUUUGAUUUGAUCCCAAAACGCCUUCUUGUGGGGAAAUUUCCCACCGAGUUUGUCGACGACUAUGUCCAUUGGUACGACUACGAUAGGAACUGCGUAGAGUUCUGCCCAAAAGCGAAUCCAUGGAAACAUGAUCAGUCGCACUGGAGACUUGUCCCAGCUCCUGAACAUAGAUGGACGCUUGCGAAAGAUGCCACAUCUUUGAUAGAUGUCAACAGUCAAUCCGCCAUGGCAAUCUCCACGAUUUUCCGCCCACUUGAGGACCAGUACUCGAUCCAUAUAGUUCAUAAAAAGACUGAUGCAUCCUUAUUCGUGGACCUCACCAAAGCUCGACUCGAGUUUACAUACCAGUCUGGGAAGACAUCGUUGAUGUCAAGACAAUACCGAGGGAUGUCCGUGGACGCGAAUCAAUCCAUCGGUACUUUGGUGGGCCUAAAAGACAAGCUCGUUCUGCGAGUCGACCAGCCUUGCCAUGCUGCCAUCACUCCUGCCCGCAAAGUUCUCAUUCUUGAGGGACGUGUAUCCCAUCAGAAGUCCGGGGAGCAUGUUCAGGUUUGCAUCGAGAAAGGCAAGGCAGCUGGCGUGCACCAGUACGAUGUGGACGUGAGACUAGGAAGGCUUGUACUGAAAGGCAACCUACAAAGCAAACUGUCCCUAUGCUAUCUUCAUGCCUUGACAUCAUUUGCGAUACCAGACCCUUUGACGGGCAGAACUGGGACAGAAGAAGCUCUUAGCAUUCUCGACUCAGCGUCUAUACGGUCUUUCAACGUCCUUACUCGCGAGAAUCUUGCUCUGCUAGGCCAACUUGCCGAGCUGACGCCGAGUAGAAAAUUCUAUCCUGAGAAUGAACGCGUCAUGCAGACUGUUGGAUGGUCGCGGCAAUUGAGCUUUCUGUCUCAACAUGGUUUAUUUCACGAGUCUGUCCGCUCCAUUGUUCAACAAGCAGAGGAAUUGAAGUUCUUCUAUCCUCAGCUAUAUUGCACUCUACCAGAGCUGAACAACCCAGAUCGGUUUCUCCUCGAUCGUGAUAGCUUUCGUUCGUCGGCCUUCCGAGUAUCUGGAUUUGGUGCUGAGAGUCGAAGCCUAGAACAUGACGAUACUGGCUAUCAGGCAAGAGAUCGACGCAGCUCACAGCGACAGUCCCAGGCAUUCAUGGCAGCCAGUUUAUUAUCCCGCCAGAGCCCGUCUCUUGUCAAAGCCUUACCCCAUGAACUCAAAGGCUCUUUAUGGGACUUCCUACAGAGUUAUGGUCCAGUAAGUGGUUGUGCUCACGCUUUGCCGACUCAGGAGAUAGCCUACAAUCCCGAGCUUUUAUCUAAGACAUCUCAAUUCAUCGCACGCAAUUUCCUGACAAUGAAGAGGUCUUUGAGAUGGGACGUCAACAAAUACCGCCUGAUGAUAUGGCUGGCGACAGUGGCAUUCUUCAACGAAGCAGAUAUGACCAUCAUCCAGACCCUGGCUUCAUUUCACUCGAGAGGCGAAUUUGCAGAGAUGGUGUCACCGGUGGCAGGCCACUUUGAUCUCUCCGAGGGAAAGAGUUUUGUCGCUACGAGGAUUCGAAGCUGUCUCAAAAGCAAUCUCGUCCCGCUAUCGCAAUGCCCCGAAGCCAAUAUGACGCAGAAAGAAUCAGACCUGGAGUCAUAUUGGGAAUUCAGAGAACGACAGGAAGAACAAUACGGUCGGGAAACAACGAAGGCCGUCGCAGUCCUGGAAGAAUUGCUUGGGACACAGUGGCCUUGUAGUGCUCCUGCGAUACCACGGCAUCACCCAGACAGGAAACAUUGGGAAACAUACGUCCGCGGGAAUGAAGCCCUCCGUGGCAUUACAUCGUUGUUCGAGAGUUGGCACGACAAUCUUCAAUUUGACGCCCAUCUUCGCGCUAUUGCUGACCUCCUACCUUACGAGGUCAGACCUGUGCUGCUCAUGGAGCCUAGGUUUUCAGCUCACGAGGUGUCUUCUCACCUAUCGGCUCGAAAUCAGCGAUGCCUAAACGAAGAUGAUUUGUUCCGAGAAACGACACCACGUUCCGUCAGCGAGCGCCUCGUCAUCCUGGAUUACGAUUCUAUCUUUGAGAGCCAGAAACACGCACGUGAGAUUGCAGAGGAGUUCAAGCUUCCGAAAUUGCUCUCCAGGCUGAAGAAUAGGCAACUUGAUCAAUACGAAAGGCAAUACGUUACUGGACUGAGGGCAAGCUUCGAGGCUCUGCAGCUUCACCAGUCGAACGAGGUGUUCACCAAGCCAUAUUGCGAGGCGUUGAUCCCCACUUUGUUGAAAUACUUUCAAAAGUGCAAAGGUCAUCUUCAGAAACUUCACAAUCUCGUCGUGAUCGCUCUUUUUGGUCAGAACGGUGGCAAUGCUGCCACGAACAUCCACAACUUUUACCAACGGCCAAGGUUUUCAACCCUUUUAUUUCUGCGAAGGCUAAAUCACUUGCAUCGAGAUAGCACUCCCAUUGCUUGGAGGAAGUGCAUUGUUCAAUAUGGGAUUGCCGUUACACAACUUCAGCGAGCCGAACGCAUGCUGGCUUCCUCCGGCGAUGCCGUCGCAUUGACGAACGAUCUACGUAACUCUGGACAUAGCAACUGGUCCCCUGAAGACCACCCCGAUACCCUGCUGUUGGAGAUUGACAAUGGAAUCAUCGUUCGAGAUGUUCAGGCACGGAUUGCUGGCCAGAUGAGGGACCCUCCAGCAGGGCAGAAUGCAGUAAUGCAACUGAACAUGGGGGAGGGGAAGUCUUCAGUGAUUCUUCCCGCGGUUAUUGCCGAUACCGCCAACGGAUCACAGAUGCCGAGAGCCAUUGUGGCUAAAGCUCAAUCAAAACAGAUGGCUCAAAUGUUGGAUGCAACGCUCGGGGGUGGUUUGAUUCAACGACAAGUCUUUCACAUGCCGUUUUCAAGGGCGCUCAACAUCGGUCUUUCUGAAGCCAAGACCAUUCACACACUCUUCAAACGGUGUAUGAAGUCUAAGGGCGUUCUUCUCAUUCAGCCCGAACACAUCCUCUCCUUUCAGCUCAUGGGGGUUGAAACCGCCAUCGCAGGCAAGGCCGAUAUCAGCCAGUCUCUGAUUAGAUCGCAACAUUUUCUCGACAAGUUCUCCCGCAACAUCGUGGAUGAGAGCGACGAGAACUUCAAUGUCAAAUUCGAACUAGUAUACACGAUGGGAUCUCAGCAGCCAGUAGAGCACAGCCCGAACCGGUGGGUGUGCAUUCACGAAGUUCUUGGGGUGAUGAGAAGAUUCCUUCCGGCGGCCCGGGAGGCCGAUCCUACUUCGAUCGAGGUGUCUAGCUGCCGCAACGGCCGCUUCCCUCGGACACGCAUCUUGCGUGAAGGCGCCAGGGAUACUUUGCUCAAUCUUGUUGCGCGCCAUCUAAGUGAAGCUGGCUUGGCUGGCCUACCAAUGAGUACUCAGUCACGCUCACUCCAGCAAGCUGUUUACACAUACAUCACCAAGUACAACCUAACGUCGGCGGAAGCAUUAGAGGUUGAGUCAUCCAUGAUUUGGUCACCAGCCACCAAGAACACCCUUCUUCUACUCAGAGGGCUCAUCGCCUGUCAGGUCUUCAGUUUUGUAUUUUGUCAAAAGCGAUGGCGGGUUGAUUAUGGGUUGGACUACACGCGCGAGCCGGGGACUAGACUCGCAGUGCCGUACAAGGCCAAGGACAACCCAAGCGCUCGAUCUGAAUUCAGUCACCCGGAUGUCAUCAUCACGCUCACAUCGCUAAGUUACUACUACGGCGGAUUAAAUGAUGCGCAGCUUCACCAGACUUUUGAGCACCUUCUACACUCUGAUCAGGCAGACAUGGAAUACUGUGUUUGGGUAGAGGAUAGCGAACAGUUGCCGGUAUCAUUUCAUCAGCUAUCCGGCAUCAAUCUCGAUGACGGUCAGUGUGUCAGACAGAUUUUCCCUUGCAUCCGCUACGCAAAGGGAACGAUUGAUUACUUCCUGCAGCACAUUGUCUUCCCCAAAGAGGUGAGGGCAUUUCCUUAUAAGCUUUCAGCCUCGGGCUGGGACAUCGGCAAGGAGACAGCGAACCCAACCACAGGCUUCAGUGGAACAAACGACUCACGUGCUUUCCUCCCCCUGAGUGUCAAGCAACUUGAUCUUCCCGAUCAGAAGCACACGAACGCUCUAGUACUGGAGUAUCUUCUUCAGGACGAAAAAAUUCUGUGGCGUUGA